CCAGUUGUUAAAAUUCUUUUAUUUAUCGAUUUGCCGUCUUUUUUGUUGUAGUCUGUUUAUGUGGGUGCUUUGUACGAAUAGAAAAAUCAAAUUCUUCAAUUAAAGAUAACAAAUUCUAAACGUGUAAAGUUCAAUUAGAGCCAAUUUCAUACAAACCAGCAUAAAAAAAAUCUCAUAUCUCUGGUGGUCAAUUGACAGAUAAGAAACAGCUGAUUUGUUCAUUGUUGCUGUUGGUGGUGGUGGUUGCUGUUUGUGAGUGCGUUGCUUGGUGAGCCAGAAGACGUGUCAAUCAAAAGCCGGCGUGAAGAAAAAAGUACACGACAUUUUUUCCCUCAAAUAAAAUUGGAACAAUUAUCUAAGCCAAAGGCGAACCCUCUAAUAUGGAAGUACUAAAGAAAGGUGCCUUGUUCCUCAUGUCUGAGGAAUGCUUCGAUAACUAUUUUGAGGAGCAUAACUAUUUUGAUGUUGCAUGUUUCAAAGCAUUGCUGAGCAAAGGCCUUGGUUUGGCCAUCAUUGCCGGCUCUCUGCUCGUCAAGGUACCUCAAGUCUUGAAGAUUUUCAACAACAAAUCUGGCGAAGGCAUUAAUUUGUUCUCCGUCCUUCUGGAUUUGACCGCCAUUACGGUACAUAUGUCCUAUAGUUAUGUAAGCGGAUUCCCCUUCAGUGCCUGGGGUGACAAUACCUUCUUGGCAUUCCAAACGGCUGCCAUUGCUGCUAUGGUUCUGUUCUAUGGCGGAGCAAAGGCCAAGUCAUUGAUAUUCUGCGUCAUCUAUGGUUUGCUGGUAUAUGUGCUAUGCUCUGGACUACUGCCCUUCAAAAUUUUGGUCACCAUUCAAAGCUUGAAUAUUCCGAUUUUAUUGACCGGCAAAUUGUCACAGGCUGUGACAAAUUACAAAAAUGGUUCCACCGGCCAAUUGUCCGCCGCCACUGCAUUCCUAUUGUUUGCCGGCUCAUUGGCACGCAUCUUUACCUCAAUCCAGGAGACUGGUGAUAACAUGAUGAUCAUGACAUUCUGUGCUUCAUCAUUCGCCAACGGUGUUAUUGUGGCUCAAAUGUUAUACUACUGGAAUAAGAGCGGUACAAAGAGUGCUGGAGGAGCCAAGAAGGCUGCCGGUAAAGCUGCCGCUAAAAAGACAAAGAGCAAGAAAGUUGAUUAAACUCGAUGGGAGAUAAGAAAUAGUAAUGUAUAUUUAUUUUUAAUACAAUUACGAUAAUCGUAAUGUGGGUAAAUGAAAAUGACAUAUUUUUUGUAUAAAAAAUAAAAAUUAAUAAAAUUUAUUUCAGUUGGAUUUUAAAGUAACAUGAAAAAUUCUGUUAAUAAGUAA